CGUAACGUUAGUUGUCGUUAGCUAGAGCGUAUCACAGGAACUUGGAUGUCAAGAUGGUGCUGAAAGCUGUUUGCGUGCUGAAAGGAGAUGGAGAGACCUCCGGGACUGUUCAUUUUGAGCAGCAGAAUGAAUCAGCCCCUGUGAAGGUUACAGGAGAAAUCAAAGGCCUUGUACCUGGUGAGCAUGGUUUUCAUGUCCAUGCUUUUGGAGACAACACAAAUGGUUGCAUCAGUGCAGGACCUCACUUCAAUCCAGAGAAAAAGAAUCAUGGUGGUCCUAAGGAUAAAGACAGGCAUGUUGGAGACUUGGGCAAUGUUACUGCAGGACAAGAUCAUGUUGCCAAGAUAGACAUCACGGAUGAAAUGAUCAGCCUUGUUGGCCGCAACUCCAUCCUUGGCCGAACUAUGGUGAUCCAUGAAAAGGUUGAUGACCUGGGAAAAGGAGGCAAUGAAGAGAGCCUAAAGACUGGCAACGCUGGUGGGCGUCUGGCUUGUGGAGUCAUUGGCAUCGCCGAGUAAACAAUCUGCCAGAACUGUGGAGCACUGGAAGCAGCGUUUCCCCAGAGCACUUAAGACCAACGUAGCUACUUGAUGUGUCAUUUUCUCCUUUUCAAUGUUCUGACUGUUCAAGAGAAUAAAUGAAUCAAGUUCGACUCUGUCCAUUCCUCAGGACUGUUGAAUGUA